GCAAAAUCAAGCAGAAAUCAAGAAAGGCGCUAAAAAAAUCAUCAAAUGUUCGGAAAUUAAGCGUGGAGAUCAAGUGCAUAGCUAGAGUGAAUUAAUAAUUUAGUUGAACCAAACAAAGCAAUGGAGACGAAUGCAGGGAACUCGGGCGACUCCAAAAAGCCUUUCAAAGUCAAGGACGUAACACGCAACAUCAAGAAGGCUGUCUGCGCCUCCAGUCUGGAGGAGAUUCGCAGCAAGGUGGCGGAGAAGUUCGACAAGUGCGACCACCUGCCCACCAUCCACCUGGACUCCGAUGGCACGGAGAUCGACGACGAGGAGUACUUCCGCACCCUCGACGAGAACACGGAACUGGUGGCUGUCUUUCCCGGAGAGCAUUGGAUUGAUCCCACACACUACGUGACCAUAACAACUCCACAUGGCAACGAGGUGGCAACUGGAAACGGGGAUUCCGUACCCGGAGGCGAGGGAGACACCACCGAUGCGAACAACUCGGAGUCGGCUCGCAUCCGGCAGUUGGUGGGUCAGCUGCAGAACAACCUCUGCAACGUGUCCGUAAUGAACGAUGCCGACCUGGACUCACUCUCCAACAUGGAUCCCAAUUCGCUGGUGGACAUCACGGGCAAGGAGUUCAUGGAGCAGCUCAAGGAUGCGGGAAGACCACUUUGUGCCAAGCGCAAUGCCGAGGAUCGCUUGAAUCUGCUGAAACUCCUGAAGGCUGGGGCCAUUUUCUGCUCGGAACGCUAUCCGGAGGAUGCGGAGGCCAUCGACCGGGAGAUCGGGCGCCAGCUGAACGAGGCGGAGAGUGGUCAGAUGAGCACCACGACAACCAGCAAUACGCGCACCAUCGAGGUGGUGCAGUGCGACAAUCAGAACACGACGAUAACGAUUACGGUGGGCGAGGCCACCACCACUUGCUCCGCGGCCAGCGCAGCCCUGGGAUCCUCCGCUGCCGAGGCGGCGGCCAAUGAAGCCAAUGCCAAUCCGAACAGGAAUCCAAACGCCAACGGAGACAUCUGACUGCCCAUCUUGGGCAGCCUUAGGUGAAGUCUGCCGGCGGAGGACUAAAGCAUGUGGAGAUGGGAAUUAAAAAUCAAAAUCAAAAUCAAGAUCCAUUGGGAUAUACCGACGACAUCAGUCCUGCAACAUUGGGUUAACAUAAAUCGUAUUUGUAGCAUGUAAUUAGGCGAUGCGAAAUCAGCAAGCGGAACGAAGACAAAAUCAAGCGAAACAAAGUCACAGAGAAUGCUUCAUAGUAUCUAAGAGCAAAUGAAAGUUAACGAACAAUACACGUAUUAGAUUUAAACACCAAGGCCAGGAGUUCAGGCGGUCAUUCGCAGAGUCUUUUAGCAAUCACAGUCAAAGGAAACGUAUUUAACCGUAUAUACACCAGCCACACCAAGCCGUACUAGAUGAGUAAUGAUAUUAAUCAAAGGUUAGCGAACUAAGUAUUAUAUUCGAGGUAGAACCCCAGGCGUAGGCUGGAGUACCAGAUUUAACCCGCGUUGAGCCCGAAUAUGGAUAGGGGCACUGUUGAUUUGCUUGCCGUGUAAAUUGUGUUACGAUUAGUAGGUAGAAUUGGAAACGCACAUCAAAAAUUGUUUUUAGACCAAUGCCAUUGUGAAUGUCAUUCGUUAAAGGCCAAUUGAGACUGACUGUAUUUAUGUGUAAUAGGUUUUUUCGUGGUUUUGAGCGGUUCGGGACAGAUGCCCUGUCCUCCCCCCUCCCCGCCCCCCGGAUCUAUAGCCAAAUGAAUUUAAGCCAACAACAGCAAACAUUGUUAGCGAAUUAAACAAUAAAAGAACACAAUAACGGAAAAUGCAAUUGCCCCAUUAAAGUCGGUAACUGUCUACAAUUCGAAUAAGCAAUAGGGGAAGUCGUAAACGAAAGCGAAAACCGAAAGGCGAACGGAAAACAAUUAUUAAAUAUAGUGAAACGCAUACAGCAAUUCCAAAAAAGAAAGAAAGUACCCCGAGGCAAACUAUAUACACGAAACCAAGAAAUAAAUAAAUGAAUAUUAAACCAAA